AUGUACAUAUACGAGCUGGACGCACAUGGCCACACCGCUCCUGCCGAGGAUAGGCGCAUAUCCCUCAGCUCGCUGGACUCGGAUGAGAACUCCUUCGCCACGGCAGCAGAGUCCCGAACCAACAGCGGCCUGGGCGUCGCCAACAGCGGCAUCACCCGUCCCAUGACCACCUCGCAGCUCACUCCCGCCACGGCGCUGAGCUCGAACUGGCCUGGUGGCAUCCUCCGCCGUAUCGACAUCCGUGUCGAGUCCAAAGAGCUCCCUGAGCCCCGGGGUGACGCGGUUGCCCGCCCCCAAUCACGCCCGUUCCCCCGUGGGAUCCCAGGAGAACGCAGGCGGACCUCCGAGGGUGAGGAUGAGGCGUGGGGCGAGAUGGCCGCGUUUUUGCGGAAUGUGACGCCACCACCGACAAAUUUCAUGUCAGUACCGUCAGAGCCCUAUUCGCCUACCACGGUCUCAUCUAGGUCAAGUAUCAGACGGAGGAAUAUCAAGAAGAAGAAAGGGACCCUGAGGCGCUGCCUGUCGUUCUUAAGGGGUGCUUCCAGACAGAAGAAGGUUUUGAGGAAGCCAUCGGUCAAGCCAUCGGUCAGGCCAGCCUCACCACCUAUCACCCGUUCUCCAGCUCGCAAGUACAAGAAGCGGCCUCCGCGUAUCAAGCUCCCGGAUUCAGCCAUCUCGGGCAGAACCGUCGAUGGACAUCGACAUAUAGCCAUUUCUAUACCUAUCGAGCAUGCUCACCUGGGUCCAGAGCCGCGGCUCAGGUUCCCCAGGGCAGAGAGGAGGACGAAGUCCAUGCCUGUGGUCGAGUUGAACCCGGCUUUCUACAGCGAUGUCAAUAUCAGACCAAUGACCGCUUUUGUCAACGAGCCACACAUAGGCACGCAAUUGGGCCCAGUGGCUGAAGAGCGAGAAUCGCUUUCGUCGAGGUCGUGGGAGAGGUCGAGCCAAGGAGGCCUCGAUGAAGCGCGCAAGGUCCGACUGGCAUCGAGACACACAUUUGGCACAGUUCAGGAAGAGCUUAGCAGACCAAACACGAGCUCGAUGUCACCACCGAAGACGCCGCGGCGCAUCAGCGACGAGUCCUGGUCACCACGCACCAGCGACGAGACGCGUGAAUCAAUGCACAGGCAGGCGCUCGCAGCAUUACAGAGGCCGAAAACCGCCCCAAGGCCCAUCAGCGGCCAGUCCGGCUACAGUUUCCGCUCAUUCGCCUCGGCUUCCCCGGCCUCCAAGGUAUCGUACCCGAUGCGAAAGUCUAGCCUCCACCCUCAAGGCCCUGAAAACAGGCGAUCAAGAGCACGGAGCGAUUCUGACCAGCGUGCUCAGCAUGAGCACAGCCGUGACUCUUCGAGAGACCAGUACACGCUUCAGGAGUCCAUUUUCUCGGAGCCAUCGUUCUUGGAGAGUUACGGCACGGUAGCGAGCGGCUCGGAGGUCGAGCUGGGCGUCAUCAAGGAGGCGAGGAGAGCGAAAAGAUUCUCUGGCUCAGCAGAAAUCGUCGACACACCACCGAGGACGAGCCUUGAGGCGGGAGAGGCAAGUGGCAGGGAAAAUGCAAGGGCAGCUGCCGCCAAGGAGAAGAAGCGCAGCAGCGGUCAGGAAAGCAAACGUUCGAGCGGGCAUAGUAAGAGGAGUAGCAAGAGGAGCAGCAAGGGGAGUAGCAAGAGGAGUAGUCUUCCAAUAGAGGAGGAGGAUGAGUAUGAGGCCUUUGCAAAGGCCAGAAACUCAACAGCUACACUGCUGUUCAAUCCUGAAGUCAAGAAAGUCGACGAAAGCAUCACGACACAGCCGCGCCCGCGAAUAAAGUCUGUGGAGAUCGUCGUGGAGACCCCGACCGACGCCACAUUUCCGCGCGAAGAGGUUAAGAGCAAAGAUAAGGAAAGUUCGGCAGCUCGAGAGCAAUCCAGUGAAGGUCUGGAACAGGAGAGCACAGGCAAGGGCAAAGAGAAAGAGCAGGUGCUUCAGGAAAGCCCAAUGCCGGAGUUUCCCGCGGAGAAAGACCCUAAGGGCAAAGGAAAAGAGAAGGCGGUCAGUCCUGCGCUGGAGGCCGCCAAGGAGGAUGACCCGAAGUCCGACGCAAAGACACAGAAAGAGGAGACGGCUCAGAGCCCAUUACCGAGCCCCAAGCAGCGAAAAGAGCGGAAGAAGUCAACGAUUCUGACCAGGUCACAGAGGAUUGCUGAACUGAAGAGGGCACUGGAUAUGCCUGGCUCGGAGCCAAAAGAUUUGGUAUGGCGCAGGCUCAGUGUCUCGUCUGAUGGGAGCUCCAAUUCGACGGAGAAGGAGGUCAAGUCCGAUCCGAAGGAUAUAUAUGUUCACGUUCCUGUUGUGCCAGAGAACAACCCGUACAGUUUGAAGACGACAACCGGCCGCUUUGGUCUCAGCGCUGUCAUGACAGUUGCGGAUGUCAAACCGUCCAGUCCUCUGAUGGCAUCUCCUGUGCUGGGAAUCGAGAAGAAGAACUCGCUACCACUCUCAAUCUCGUCCCCAGGAACCGUGGCCACUGUCGUCAUGACCUCGCCUGUACCGCCGUUCCAUGGCCUCGGCAGUGUGACGCCGCCAGAUUCACCUCCGCGAUCGCGCUCAUCCUCGUCACCAAUCUCAUCCCUAGAGACUCAAACGCAGGCCACCGCACUCAAACACCCACCUCUUAAGCGUCUCGGCUCUCUGCGCCGGCGCCCGUCGAUUCCCGGUCGACAGUCGCCUGCUCUUUCUGGAAGAGUAUCGCCGAGCAUGCAAGAAAGUACACCUAGACCGAAGACGGCCGGCAAGGGCCGCCUGGCCUCCAGGAAAGACUUCGACGGAGGUCGACUGAGCCCCGCAUCUCCUGAGCAGGGCGAGGCCAGCACAUCCGUUCUGAAGAUGUCUCGGUCCGAGAUCUUCGAUCGGUACGAAGCACUUCGCGAGAAGCAGACUCGGGAUAUGGAGAAGCGUCUGGAGAGGCUGGAGAGAAAUGGUGAAUACUGGCUGACAUCAAUGUUACCCCUGUUGAAGGACAUGAGCCAGACGCUUGGACACCUGGCUAUGAACAAGGGUAAAGAGGAUGACCGACAGGCCGAGGGCCCAAGUGUCAAGACCGCGAGAAGGCCGGAGACGAGCUACCACACUGACGGCAGGCAGAGCCGAUUUGGCGGCAGAUAUGACGAUGAGGAAGCUGGACCGAGCACACGCAGGAGAUAUAUUCCCGGGGACGAUUCUUUCGAAAGCGACGAGGAAAUCAUGCGCCAUCCUUUCGUGCCCACCGACCGUUCAAGGGCCAACACCGGCGUUUCCGAGCGAUCCCGCCGUCUCUACCUCCUCGACGACCACCCCGACCUAGGGCACCGCGUCGACGACUACGAGCGUGCCGCCGACGGGCGACGCACUCGCAGUCACAGCCGCCACCGGCGGUCACAGACGGCAGACGUUCAAAAGCCACCGCAGGCGAGGACACUGUCGGGGACCACAACGAUGAUCGACAGUAGCGGGGCCCGCACGAGUUCCAUGGGCACGGUCUCCAGGGCACCUGCCGCCAGCAACGACCAUCCGCCUGUCCCGCAGCGCCUGCAGGGUGAGGUCGACGUGGAAUUGGAGCGCAUCAAGCGCAUGGAGCGGCUCAACGAGCGCAUCGACUCGCACAUCCACGGGCUCUCGCUCGAGCUGGGCCGGCGGCGCCGCGGGGUGUCUCCGCCAUCUUCGUCACGGUUCAGCGGCGCACUGGCCAGACACGAGAGCCGCAGCGAGGUCAGCCUGGCCACGUAUGCCGCACCGGACGAGAGCGGCGGGAGGGCGUAUUACAGCGGGAUGCACACCGUCGAGCCGAUCAUGCGGGAGCUGCAGUUCGCCGGCAGCCGGCUGAGCCUCGAGAGCUCUGGUUCUGUCGGGUUUGAUGGGGACAGUGAGGUUCGGCGUCUUAGGGAGGGUCCGCGGGCUGUUAUUGGGUUUGGGGCCUUUGGUGGGUAUGGGCUUUGA